AUUGUAACAGGGAGAAUAUCAUCCAUUAGUACUUGUUUGUAUAUUAAAAAAUGAAAACUUUUAUCUGAAACAGUGAUUUUCAACCUUGGCCACACAUUGGAAACCUGGAGAGUUUUAAAACUGACUGAUGCCUGGCUCCCACCCGCAGAGAUUCUUAUUUAAUUAGUGUGGUCUGCAGCCUUGGCCUCUAAAUUUAUAAAGGCUCAUCAGGUGAUUAUAAUGUGUAACCAAGGCUGGGAAUUACUGCUCUAAAAUGUGCUUUAAGCAUGGAGUUAGACUUGCAACUUGGAAAAGGCAGAAGGCAAGGUGUUGCAGGAAAGAAAUUGGGACUUGAGAGGAUGGUCAUGUCCCAGCUCUCCGGAUAUCCACAUUUCAGUUUCUCCACCUAUCAAGUUUUAAUUCAUCAUGGAUAAUCUGUCAGCAGAAGAAAUUCAGCUGAGGGCUAACCAGGUUACUGAUGAGUCUCUGGAAAGUACAAGGAGAAUCCUGGGUUUAGCCAUUGAGUCUCAGGAUGCAGGAAUCAAGACUAUCACUACGCUGGAUGAACAAGGGGAACAACUAAAACGCAUAGAAGAAGGCAUGGACCAAAUAAACAAAGACAUGAGAGAAGCAGAGAAGACUUUAACAGAACUAAACAAGUGCUGUGGCCUUUGUGUAUGCCCCUGUAAUAGGACAAAGAACUUUGAGUCUAGUAAAGUCUAUAAGGCAACAUGGAGAGAUGGUGGAGACAACUCUCCUAGCAAUGUAGUAUCUAAGCAGCCAGGCCGAGUGACAAAUGGUCAGCCUCAGCAAGCAACCACAGGAGCAGCCAGCGGCGGAUACAUUAAACGUAUAACAAAUGAUGCCAGGGAAGAUGAAAUGGAAGAGAACCUGACUCAAGUGGGCAGUAUCCUAGGAAAUCUAAAAAAUAUGGCCCUGGACAUAGGCAAUGAGAUUGAUGCUCAAAAUCGACAAAUAGAACGGAUCACAGAAAAGGCUGACACCAACAAAGAUCGUAUUGACAAUGCCAAUGCCAGAGCAAAGAAACUCAUUGACAGCUAAAGCUACUGCUGUACUUCUUUAUCAUUUAUUCACUUCCCUAGCUCCUCCUUCAGUCAUUACCUUUCCAGAGUUUGAAAUUUUGGUUCCACACUCUUCUAAUCGGGAGAUGAUGUGGAAGAAGAUCUAGGAGUAACAGCCCCCCUAUUCUUUUAUUUUCUUUUUCCCUUGAGGGUAGACUGCAGCUUAGUUUUCCUUCUAGUACUUUCUUUCUCAGUCCAUACUCUUAGGUUGGUUUUCAUACAUCAUAUAUAAUGUUAUUUUUCAUUCUCUCCAUUUACUUAGCAAGUUCUUCUGCUUUGAAACUUUGGAAGCAUUGCCAAAGACAGCCAUGUCAAAGGCUGAGGGCAGUAGAGGCAGGCACAGGAGGAGAGGCAAGAGAUAAGAGGUCGUUACCUCAGUAAAACCUGCAGACCCUAAAGCCAAAAGUUGCAUAACCACAGUGAAGAUCUAGGUGGGUUUAAUUUCUGUUUAAGUUGCAGUUUUUGCCAGUUUAGGCCAAUGCUUGGUUUUGGAGCCUGUAUACACAAUAUUUUUGUUAUACAUCACAACUUUGCAACCUCUGCUUCAAAUAACAGAAUGAGUUUUCUUAAAGUGAGCUUAAUUUCUGAACUCUUGGUGGUUCAUCUAUGUACAUAGAUUCUAUGAUCCCAUUUCAUAUUGCACCAUAUAGGAACACAUGGUAUAAAUGAAUGGCUUUUUAUUUUCAUAUUAUUAAUAGUAUCAUGGUCCCAUUACAGGCCUAUUAACCUCAUAAAUUUGUCAUUAGUCUUUGAAGAAGAAAUAUGUAAAUAUGUAUAUAUAUUAUGAGAAUUUCUCUCUACAGCAGGGCUUAAAAUUUUUUGGAAAAGUUUGACAAAGUAUAUCACGUGAAUUCAGAUUUACCUCAAUGCCAAGAAUUGUUUAGAUAGGAAAAAAGAAACUUGUUUUGAUCUCAGGUAGAAAAUAGUUAGAUUACUUUGAGUUUUAUGUAGCUUUAAACUUUUUUAAAAACUAGAAUUUAUUCUGUUUAAAAAUGAUUUAGAAAAUUAUGUCUUUGGUUUACUUAUUGAUGAUUGCACUAUGAUUCUCUUAGCUUUUUGGAUUCAACUUCCAGAAUCACAUUUGCUUAGAUCCUGAACAGUGUUAUAAGAAUCUGAUUGGUAUUUGUCACCUUUAUUUAAAAACUAGCUUCUGCACACUUCAAAGCUAUUAAUGUCGAUUGGUUUGACCAAUAACCACUGUUUGAUCCUUACAAUUAAAUUUUGUAACUAACUAAUGGAACUGUUUUUUCAAAUAA